AAAUUCUAUAGUCUAUUGAGUGUCUCGUUUACAAAGAGUGGCUGCCCGCGGUGGGGACCAUAAAGCGCUUUCAUAAACGAUGUUCUAAAGGAGACCGCAGCUUUUUAUCAUUCAAUGUGUCAAUGUGUAAAUCGCACCUACGUCAUUUUUUCUUAAAGCCUAAAGACUGAUAAUGGAAUGAUAACACGUUAUUUCGAGAGCUGAAGGCGUUGGUUUGUGUUUCUUUUGUAUUAUGUUACGCGGUGUAUGGUAGGCUAUAUUUUGUGGUAUCAUCCUUAUAUCACUGACUGGAAGAGUAAUUCUGGAAUACAGAAUUUUGCCGUCUUGUUAAAUGUAAGAAGGCUAGCUUUAAUUGACUGAGUUAUCAAAAACACUUAGUUGAUCAACUUUGGCUUUCGAGCAGCUCAUCAUUGAAUCUAUCCUAUUUAAACAGCCAGGACACGUUGGACAGUCUUCAUCUGGUCUGUUGAUGGACCCAUGCCUAGUCUACUGCUCCAGAAGUGAGCUAUGUUUUACAUUGGGCAUUCGCGAGAUAGUAGUUCUUUAUAACUUUGACUCAAAAAUGAUUAAAAAAAAACUUCAUAGUUGUUUAAUGUUUUGUAUAAACUCAACAGGCGUGGUUUGCUACUUUGAAAUCGAGCUCUCAAGUGAAUGAUGAUUAAUUAAUCAGUAUUUCAGAAAAACUAACCCCAACACUAACCCUGACCAUCGUCAAUUAAUUUUCAUAAUGGAAUGACGUUUCUACGGAAGACGAAUAGGGCCAUAUGUUAAAACGAAAAUAAGUUCUGAGUUUAAAGAGAGAGUUCUGAGUUUAACUUUAGAAUUCGGAGAUUAAAAUCACAAUUCUGAAAUGAGGACAGGCACCAACCAACACAUAUUGAUUUUUCACUCACCAUUUGCUCUUCCAUAAUAAAAUGUCUCCCAUAGGACCCCUCGCUUACAUCAGAAAUCUUCGAUCAGCAUGUGGUUUUGCAGGUCAUUGUAACAUACAGGACCCGUCCAGUAUAUCACAAAGGGACUCUCACUAAACUUGAUUCCUUACAGGUAUCCUACAAUUCAGAUUUUAAUAAUUCGGACAGAAUUUUGAAUAAGGUAAGAAUAUCGAUUUUAUUCUCAGAAUUCAGAUUAAAGGGGCGCCCUAGUGGCUCACCGGAUAGGCCUACAGCGUGUACAAUUAAGGCUCAGUUCUGAUUACAUCGCAGCGACCCGGGUUUGAUUUGCCCGUGGUCCUUUGAUGCAUGCCCCGCCCCCUAUAGCCCAUUCCUGCCUCUCGAUCUCACUCUAUAGUAGGCUAAAACAUAAAAAUGAAAACAAAUAAAAUAAUUAAUUCUUAGAUUUCUGAUUUUAUUCUCAGAACUCGGUGACAAAAAGAAAGAUGAACAUGUGGCCCUAAUGUUCCGUACCUCCCCUAGUUCCAUUCACUAUAAUCAUCGUAAGGGGAUGGGAUGGUCCCUGGCAUGAUGACCACUCCCUUGAGUCCUCUCAAAAUGGGCAAAUAUCGCCAGCGAACCAUCCCAUGAUCCAUGGUAUAUCUUCUGAAGAAAAUCCAAGUGAAUAAACAUUAGAUGGCGACCCCCAUCCGCCCAUUUAAAGACGAUGAAUGUCUACUGUCUUUAAUAAAGCUGGUGAAACCCCAUGGUAUGUUCAACUUUUCUUUCCCCUUCUUUUGGGAUUAGGGCAGUUUCCGGCACAGCAAAUCCUUGCCAUAGGCCUAUUGACAGUUUUAUAUCCCUUGUCUACGUUAUUCGCUCCUUGGUUGAGCGCCAGUUUUGCCAGAUGUGAAAUGUUACAGUGUCGUACCAGAGACUAGCAAUCAUCAUAUUUAGAGAAUUAUUUUCUUACGCAAGACAUAACCAAGAGCACAGGAGUGAAUGUGUCAUUUCGGAAACAUUUGGAUACACAUUGUUUACAAAAUUGGUAUUGGUUUUGUGGUUGUAUGAGGCUUGGAAAAGGUGAAGUCUUUGGGAAGAAAAAUGGGCCAACAUGAAAACAAACAAUCUGUUCGAUAAAAUAAAGGCUAUAGGCUACUAAUAAUCUAUAACAAAAAGAGUGGAUUCACGUUCAUCAUCACAACCAGCCUGAUUGCCCGGAAAGACGUCACGUGAGAAGAGAUACGUAAACUAAAUACAGACGAUCCAUCAUUUAAUAGGCUAUCCUGAUGUGUCGGGAAAGGUAUUAAAAUGAAAAGCCUAGUCUAGUUACAACUAUUGAUAGGCCUACAACAAAACGCAAAUAUCAAGGUAAUGGAAUUUUUGACUUUGUUCAUAGUAAAUAUAUGAUAAUCGUACAUCUGGAAACGUUGUUGCGCCUAUCUGCCGUGACGUGGCCCAGAUGGCCGUCUAUUACGAACUACGAAAUUUGUUGCUAGUUUUCGUGGCUUUAAUUCGUUGCUACAAUUUGUAAAUUAAAAAAAAAUUCUUCAAUGUCAUUUUAGUUUGUUAUCUUGUCUCACUUUUAUAAAACACCAUCAGUCAUUAUGUGAAAACCUACAAGACCGAUAUAGAAUAUGACUAAUACCGCCUUUGUAAACGUUGAGAUGUAUUUUGACUACAUUUCCCAGACACACUUGUAACGCACCAGGGGGCGUGACAUCCAAAAGAUAAACACCUAUGUGCGGCGGUGCAGCCGGCUGGGUUCACUCAAAAACAUAUUGGAUUGAUUUGAUAAUUAGUUUAUGGUUGGACGUUAUGAUAUCCCGUGGCUUUUUUAUGCUGAAUAGGUAUGAUAGCAUUUACACUUUAGCCUGCUAACGAUAGUCGGAUAGGGAUAUGGACAGCAUCCGAGAAUGAACAAUUCGCACUCUCCGGGGAUGUGUUGUUCAGUUGUCUUUGUCUGAUCUUUAUUUACACUCAUUAUGGCCAUUAGUACAUCUAAGGUGACAAUUGGAUUCGUAGUCGCAGGGUUACUUGCGGUGUCUUUCGGGACAGUGCUUGUGUUUGUAGGACCGAUGAUUAUUGAUGACCAAAUAAUAAAGAACACCGUGAUAGACCCGAACAAUGAGAUCGCAUACCCAAUGUGGAAGGACAUCCCUGUCCCCUUCUACAUGUCAGUGUACUUCUUCAACGUCCUCAACCCCAAGGAGGUUCUGCUGGGGGAGAAACCCAUGGUGGAGGAGAGGGGACCUUACGUGUACAGGAAGCGCUGUCAGAAAGACAACAUCACCUUUCACCCAAACUUCACCGUGUCCUACCGGGAGUACCGGCAGUACUACUUUGAGCCCAGCAUGUCGGUUGGGAAUGAGUCCGACGUGGUCACCAUCCCCAACAUGUUGGUGCUGGGCGCGGCGGUGAUGAUGGAGAAUUUGCCGUUUGCUGUUCGUAUGAUGAUGAGCGCCACAUUCAAGACCUUCAAGGAGGGCCCCUUCCUGACCAAGCCCGUGGGAGAGCUGAUGUGGGGCUACGACAGCGGCCUGGUCGACUUCCUCAACAAAUACCUGCCCGGGAUGCUGCCCACCAAGGGGAAGUUUGGCCUGUUCUCCGAGUUCAACAACUCAAACACUGGGCUCUUCAACAUCCACACCGGCAAAGAUGACAUCAGUAAAGUUCAUAAAGUGGACUCUUGGAAUGGCCUCAAAAAGCUGACCAACUGGGGGACCCCCCAGUGUAACAUGAUGAAUGGAACAGCAGGCCAGAUGUGGCCCCCAUUCAUGACCCCAAAGACCACGUUACCCUUCUACAGUCCUGAUGCCUGCAGGUCCAUGGAGCUGGUGUAUCAGAGGCCGGGGGUCAUGCAGGGCAUUCCUCUCUAUCGCUACGUCGCUCCCAAGACUCUGUUUGCCAACGGCUCGGACUACGCCCCCAACGAGGGCUUCUGUCCCUGCAGGCAGUCCGGCAUCCUAAACGUCAGCAGUUGUCGCCACAACUCCCCAGUGUUCAUCUCCCACCCCCACUUCUACAACGCCGACCCCGUCCUGCUCGACUUCGUCGGGGGACUCAGCCCCAAUGAGGACGAACACGGCCUCUUCAUAGACAUUCACCCCAUGACGGGGGUCCCGCUGAACGUGUCCAUACGUCUCCAACUAAAUCUGUUCAUGAAGCGCGUUUCGAUGAUUACGGAAACUGGGAAGAUAGCGGAUGUGGUGAUGCCCAUGAUCUGGUUUGAGGAGAGUGGCUACAUUGACGGGCCCAUCCUGGACACCUUCCACACCAACCUGGUGGUGUUGCCGGCGGUGAUGGAGUACACGCAGUACAUAUUCAUCAGCCUGGGCCUGCUCACCAUCAUUGUGGCCCUGCUUGUGCACAGGCGCUCCAAGAGGUCCGAGACGGCCAAUAGCAUGAUGUUCACGUCCACAACGAACCUGAAUCUAAAAGAUAGCACGGGUGCUAGCAACGGAGACGGACUCGUGAGCGGACCACCCAGCGAGAAGACCCCUCUGCUUCACGAUGGAACCAUGGACUAACACACUCACACACACUCACACACAAAGCAAUAAGACUCAACCAAUGGCCCGGCAUCACUGCUGUGCUCAAGUGUUGUUUGCAUGGGAUCUUUUGUUACAAAGACUGAUGCACCAAAUAUCAGCUUUGCCGUUUUCACUGUUCUAUAAAUAUAUAGCCAAUAAAUAUGUGGAGUUUAUGAGACUGAGCUGAUGACUGUCAGUGUUAGCCCAGUUUUGAAUACUUUUGGUGCGGUGAAGUAUUUUCCUUUCAGGAGUGGCAGGGUUGAGACUCACGAUAGCGAUCCGUCGACAAGGGCUCUGUCCGGGAUUAUGUUUGUCUCUUGGACCUCAGCAAAGUUGAGAAGAACAAAUCUGUAUGUGGGUUAUAUAUUUUUUUCUACACCUUCGCCUCUGUUUCUCUAGACUGAUGUUAUUGUUGGUGAUGUUGUAUCUAUACACUAACCGGUUGCCUAGAAUUUCCUCCACCCCAAAAAAAACCUGCUUUGAUUGAGUGAUUCGUGCAUUUGUGUCUCAAUCGACGAAACUUUGAAACUGGAUAUUGUGACCUGUCAAUCGUUGUGCCAUUCGGAUACCUCAAAUGGACUUGUGCCUUUAUACCAUUUGAUACCCCUUUUAUACCAAUUCUUACGAAUACUACUGGGUGAUAUUCACACGAGUUGAUUCUAUACUUGAUUGACUAGAGUGAGUUCUAAAUGUACUAGCCAUAGGAAUCCUACAUUAGGCUGUAUCUGGGAUGCACAUUAUUGUAGCUAUUCAAUUGUAGCAUUCUGUCUGUGUUUGUAAGAGUCUAAAUGUGCUUCAUGAUGGUCAUGUGAUCGGAUGGAAGCAGACUGAAAUAAAUUUCUUUGUUCAAAACAACCGAUGGAAAACUGAUCUGGUUUCAUUUCUGCGUCUACCGUUGACUUAAUUGAGAGCUUUCUAAUGGGGGCAUUGUCUC